AUGCCAUUAUUAAAAAGUGCUCAACGUCGUUUGAAUACUCAACGUGAAAUAAUCAAUCAUUUUUCUCAACUUAUACCUUCUUUUAAUGAUUUAUUUGAUGAACAUUCAUGUCGAUUUAUUACAUUAGCUGAUGUUGAUUAUGAUUAUAAAAAUCGAAAUCGAAGAACAGGUCGUUUUUCUGGAGUAAAACGAACUCGACUUUUAUAA